AUGGAUUUGGGAUGGGACAAACAUGUCGAUGCCACGAACCUCUUCAUUCCUAACUGGUUUGCUACAGAGAGGGGAACAAAGAUUUCUGUUGUGGUUGACUGUUUGACACACACCCCGGAACUUAUCCUUGCUGCCUCCGUGCCUGACGGUCAGAAAAUCAGGUUGAUCGGUGCCAUUGAUGGUGGUGUCCAGGGCUGUCGCAGAAUGUCCGUGUUUGGGGCUGUGCUGGAUUUUCCCCGUGACAUGCCUGGUGUGGUGGACUUGUUGCUGACUGACUCCACUUCUGUCUUCGCCCAUGGAUUGCGUCCUGUCAAAGAAAUGGUUCGUCUGGUUGAGCUGUGUGCUGGUGCAGCUUGCUCUAGUGUUGGACUUUCGUCUGCAGGUUUUUCCCAUGUGGCCAGUGUCGAGUGGCGUGCCCCUUUUGUCCAGUUGCACAGGUCUUUGCACCCUGGGGUUCCAGUUAUUGAAGGUGACAUCAAUGAUCCUGAAUGCAUCCGUGACUUGAUGAAGCAGGUGGACCCGCCGUUCUGCCUUAUGUCUGGUAUUGCCUGUCAACCAUACUCCUCCGGGGGCAGUCAGUCUGGGUCAGAGGAUGUCAGGUCCAACACACUGCCUGCUACGCUCAAGGCAUGCUACUUGUGUCAGUCGCCUCUGUUGAUCAUUGAAUGCGUGACUCAGGCACGAACGAACAACUUUGUCAAAGCUCAGGUCCAGAUGUUGGAAACUCUUGGGUACACCCUGACGGAAGUGUCGUUGAAACUUGAAGACCAAUGGGUUGCCCGGAGGUAUAGAUGGUGGUUGGUUGCUGCUCAUGCCAGCCUUGGGCCCAUCUCCCUCCCAUCAUGGCCUUUGAGUCCUAAGUUGCAUGUCCGUGACUUGAUGCCCUUUGUCAAGCAAUGGCCUGACGAUGUCAUGCAUGAGCUGAUGUUGACGCAACAUGAGAUUCAGCAGUUCACGUUGGAUGGAUCAGCAUUGAGAAAGUAUGUCACUCAACUUGAUGGCAAGCUUCCAACCUGUUUGCAUGCAUGGGGAUCGCAAGCAUCGGCAUGUCCUUGCGGCUGCAGACAACAGCAGUUCAGUGCCAACCUGAUUCAACAGAGAGGUAUUUAUGCCCAGUUGCUUCCUGUUCAGGUACCUGACGGCCAUCCAUGCUACCGGCACUUUCACCCAUGUGAGCUUGCCUUACUGAAUGCAAUGCCUCCACCUGCAGGAUGGAUGUCAACUGACAGGCCGGACUUGAAGCUGUGCUUGUGUGCCAUCGGCCAGUUAGCCAGUCCACUGCAAUCGUUGUGGGUAGGAGCUUGUGUCUUGAGUCAAGUGCACCGCGUGCUCAACAUGCCUGUCACAGACCCGCUGGAUUUGUUGCAAGAGUUCAAGCGCGACCUGUUUGUCUGUGCUCGUGACAUGUUCCCCAAUCUCCCUGCACCCGUGUCUGCUGACCUUUGGGUUCACUUGCAGCACCCUGACAACACUGAGGUACGUGUUUUGGUCCAAGCCAAUUCCACUUUGGGAGACUUGUGCAAAGCUGAGGCCAGCCUGACGCAUCAAUGCCUGCAUGGACAGUGGUGUGAUGCUUCCUCUGGUGCUCCCUUGGACCAAUCGGAUCUUGUCGCCGGGCGCUGUCUGCGUAUGAUGACAGGUGUAGAUGCUUCUUUGGAUUCUGUGCGUUUGUGUCCCAAUGAACUUUCAUGCGCAGCCGAUUUGACAGGGGAUGUGGAUUCGAUGGACUUGAGCUCUGGACUUAGCUCCCCCUGUGCUGUGCCGUUGCCUAGCAGUCUGGUUACGCACCCUGUGGAUUCCACGCCUGACACUUUGUCUGGAGUUUUGCAUUUGUCCGGUGUCCAAUUGGCCUCCUUGAUUCCCCCGUUGGUCACCGAAGUUCAGACCGGUCUUAUGUUGCACCAAACGCUUGCAAGGCUUGAAUCUAGACUGGCCAUCUUGCAAAAUGAAGGUCCAGCCAUGGGAGAUGAUGAGCUUACACUGCAUGCUGAAUCGAUUGUGCGCAUGUCUGGGCGGUCUGAUGUUGGCUUCUUGGAUCCGUUGUUGGCCACUGGAUGGUUACAACUUGGUUCUCCUGACAAGGUCAAAGAUUGGAUGGCUCAGUGCCCUGGCAUCUCAACCAUUGCUAGCGCGGUGCUGUUUGAAGGCCAUUGGAUUCCUGUUGUUUGGACUGAUGGUUUGACGGAGGUGCAUGUCUCGAUUUGGGAACACCAAGAUUUUGCUGUGGACUUCCUCUGCCCUCUUCAUGGCAUGAUCAGCCAGGCUUGGGGUAAACCAAGGUUCUCUGUGGCUUGUUCUCGGCGCACCUUUUCAAAAGAGUGCUGUGGCAGUGCGGUCAUUGCGUUCUUUGCCCACCGCUUCCUUGCCCGUGAUUUGCCAAAGACUUGUGAAGAGCUGUUGGAAUUGCACAUCGAAUUGAAGACCAGUUUCGAAGCAGCUUUGCGUGCAGCCACUGAGGUUCCGAAACCAUGGUGUUGGGGUUUAGGUCAGCCUGAUGUCCUCCUUUUGGUCAGUGCCCUUUUACAAACACAUGGUGUCCCUCCUGCUCAGGUUGCUGUCCGUGCCAAACUUGUCCUGCAGUCGCUUGGUAGGAAUGAAGUUCAGAAAGCAGUUGUUGGAGUUGCUCCAUGGAAGUCAUUAAAAGCACUUGCCAACCAGCAAUCCCCGCCUUUGCAGCUGGUGUUGCCUGAUGAAUUGGCACAGGUGUCGGCAGCCAAGUCUGGACCCAAGCCCAAACGGUCCAACAAUGGUCAGAAGCUCCAGCCCACGCGUCCAGCCGAGCUGGAUCCUGCCAAGCUUGAGGUCGAUCAUGGUACGUUUUGCCUGGAAGAUGACACACCUGUGGGACAGAUCCAAUUUGCAUCAGUGGGCCCUUUGUCCACCGGUGUCGCUUUGGCUAACUAUCAGGAAGCUUUGCCCUUUUUGCAAGCCGGCAAGUAUGUCACUCCGUCUGGACUUUCGCUUUUGGUCUUGCAGCCACCUGUGGACUUUCAGACUGCCCUGCCGUGGUCAACUGUGAGAUUUGCUGCCCGGUGCUCUGCCAACCAUGAACCAAUGCUGUUGUCAGGUAUCUUAGUUCAGCUGGGGCAUAAGAUGAUCUCCUUGUUUCGAGCCAGGAAUCUGCCUGCACUUCUUGCUGUCGAGGUGGCAUGUGCCAAAGUUACUGUGUUCAGAGACCAAUGGGAUGGAUCAUGGGAAGACUUUGCAGCCAAACCAGUUAAGCACAUUUUGCAGCUGUUGCCUGGUUUACAGACAUGCCGAGCUGGAGCUGCCUGCUCCUGUGUCAGCUGGCAUCCGACGGAAGACCAAACGCAUGAUGCCCUGCUGGAUGUGUAUCGACGUCAGUUCUUCACUGAGGCUGGGAGACCCGUUAAGUGGGAGAGAGCCGAAUCGUUCUCUGUCAUGAUCCGGUACAUCAAGGGUUUGGAAAUGCAGGUGCUUGGACUCAGUGGGCAGCAUGGCCUGUACAUAGAGCCCAAGACAGAAGAUGGCAUGAAACCGAGUUCUGAGUUCCAGGUGAUUUGGCUGCCCCAAACAGACUUCCAAGGUGCCACCCACAAAGCCAAAUGCCAGGUCCAUUGCCUUGGACUUGCUAGGACGGGUCGUCGUUUUGGGUUGAGGGUGCCAGUAGCCCACUUUCAAGAAACCUUCACCAAUGUCAAGCCCGAUGCUGUGUUUCUGGCCCCUGGAAGCCGUCGCCUGUUUGUCUGUGGUCCUUGGCCUUAUGGUUCUGACCGCCGAAGCCUGGCAAAGAUCUUGAAAGGAGGAGGAUGGGAGUGCAGGCCUUUGCAGCCACAGUCUCAUGUGCCCGGAGGUCUGAUGUGGUCGAUCCAGGCUGUGACCGACCCUCCAUCCAAUGUCUUGACUAUGCAACAUGGCCAGGUCGUGAUCUCCGCUCGGGAUGGCAUGUCUGGUCUGUCAGAGCCGGGUCACCAAGUUGUCGGUCAGGCCAAAACCGUCCAGCUUUGUCUUGCGUCCGAUGCUGUUGUGCCAACUCCAACUGGUGCCAAAGGUGUGAAAGAAUACCAAAGGAUUGGCUCGACUCCAACUGAGAUCACGGUUGUACGCAGACAUCACUGGCGUCUCUGGAGGAAGCCGACUGAGGCCAUUCCCUCACCACGAGGUGGACACCCGUUCUUCUCCACCAGACCAUAA